AGAUGAACGAUGUACAUAAAGCUCGAGUAUUUCGUGCCUUUGGCAGCAAGACAUGCUGUCAUUACUAUGAACACAGACUUUGAGAGUCCCUCUAGGGCUUUUAUCAGAAACUCAAUUCUUCCAGUUCUUAGCUUGCAAUUUGACGCCAGCCCAUAGUAAGUAAUAUGGGCUUUCAAAGCAAUUCAGAUUCAGACAACGGUUUACCGACUCCUCGAAGGGAAACAAUAGCAAAAGCCCCAGCGCGUGGCUCACCGGAUUCAUCCUCGCUAGGGUCUGUCCGGGCCCAGAGAGCAACCGUGCUGGGACAGAUUUACUAUGACCUCAACCGCAUCGGCAAGGUGCGCAAACGCGUGCGGGAGAAAACAUCCAGUGCAAGUGAGCGCAAGCUCUACUGGCAAGAGUGUAGGAAGGCAGCAGACUUCAUUGGUCAGGCCGUGAAUAUGAUGCAAGAAUUGGACCAUGGAGGGUUUCAUACCGCCGACGGCUUAACCGCUUCGAGUGAGCUCGAUGACCUGGUGCAGUGGACCGGAUGGGAAGGGCUCGCCAUCGCCGCCUAUUCCGAGGCCUUUAGGCGCAUCCUCUACAGGAAUGACGACGUCAACAGCAGCAGUGUGCGGGCGGCCGUGCUCACGUCCCUCAAAUACCACACGAACAGCCUGGAGUUUUACGGCCGUGUGCGCAACAUCGACUGGCGCGGCCUGCUGCUGCCGUACUCCAACGACAACGUCCGCUACAUGGAGGAUGCGUUGCAGAUCGUCGGGAAAUUCUGGGCUCUCCAUCCUCACGAGCGGGUUGUCCACCCCCGACGUGCAGGCGUCCGGAGACCCCACUACCGCAACUGGCGCCAGCACAAUAUCUUCAAGAAUUUCUUCGACCCUGCGGACUGGUUCCGGGCGUCCAAAUUCUAUGGGGGCGACUACUACCCGGUGAAUCACACCUUGCGCACUGAAAGUCGAUAUGACCUGGGGUCUUGUGACUUUUGUGGAUCGCCCUCGGUCUGCCGAUGCCGGCUACAGUCGAUGCCGGGGGAGUUGAUGGAGCUCUUCGAAACGGAGAAUCGGGGCAUUGGCGUGCGCGCCCUGUGGCCAUUCCGCAAGGGAGACAUUCUGGGCGAGUAUCUCGGAAGGCUCCUCCCCUACAAUAGCCCCGAGGACAAUACAUAUGCUCUCGAUUGGCAGUCCCAUGAUCCUGCCAGCCACAGAGUGGUGACGAUCGACGCCUCUAUCAUGGGCAACUGGACACGGUUCAUCAAUCAUUCAUGCGACGCAUCUACCGCGUUUGGCAGCAGGACUUUCGGGAAUCGCGCUGCCAUGACUAUCGAGGCCGAGCGGGAUAUCGACAUGUUUGAAGAGCUCACCGUGAACUAUGGGAGACUCUAUUGGCGAGACAAAGAAUGUCUCUGUGGGGCGCCAAACUGUUAUUCCAAGAGCGAGAUCAAGCAAAGAGAGAUCGAGUCUGAACGGGUGGAUGAACCAACAGAGACAAACAAAGAGGCACGUAUUUCGGAUCAAACGCACUACUACAGCAUGGAAAUAGAAGAUGAGCCGAAUGAGAAGAAUGAUGGAGCCGGCAAGGAUCCUACUAUGAUGGAGGAGGAUGAUUGUACAGACCACAACUAUCUUCCUGAAGAUGACACUAGUGACGAGGACGAAGACGAUAUGAAUCCGAUGGAGGUUCAAGCAUCAGAACUCACAGAGCUGAGUGGCUGAGGGAAGCUAGGGACUGUACUUAUAUACUCAGCUACUCCAAAUAGGAGUGAAUUAUA